AGGCGAGUUUGUGCAGCUCUACACAGCCUCAAGCUUAGGACUUUUUUUUUUCUUUUUCUCCCCCAAAGAGAACAAACUCCAUUUUCUUAUGAAUGGAAAGUGAAAAUAUCCGAUCCGCUUAAAUUUGGGGAUUUUUCUCUCUAUUAAGCAGGGAAGGGGGAAAAAAAUAGAAGAAAGGAAUAAGGAAAAAAAAAAGGGGGGGGUGGGGGGAAUCCUCCCUUUACAAAAAAAAAUAUAGGAAAAAAAAGAUUGAAAAGAAGAGAGAAGCAAUGACCAUGACUACAAUGCCAGAAAGUAUUAACAGCCCGGUGUCAGGCAAGGCGGUGUUCAUGGAGUUUGGGCCACCGAACCAGCAGAUGCCCCCUUCCCCCAUGUCCCAUGGACAUUACUCCAUGCACUGCCUGCACUCCCAGCAUGACAGCUCGUACAGCGGAGCCUCGUCCUUCUCCAGACCCCUGGGGUACCCCUAUGUGAACUCGGUGAGCAGCCAUUCCUCUAACCCCUACAUCAGUACCGUGCAGUCCUACCCCAACAGCAGCAUCAGCCAGACCCGCUUAGAGGAGCCAGGGGCAGAUACUGAGAAGAGCACUGUGGUGGAAGGUGGGGAGGUUCGGUUCAACGGCAAAGGGAAAAAGAUCCGAAAACCCAGGACUAUAUAUUCCAGUCUGCAGCUCCAGGCAUUGAACAGGAGGUUCCAGCAGACCCAGUACUUGGCACUGCCCGAGAGAGCAGAACUGGCCGCAUCGCUGGGACUCACACAGACACAGGUAAAAAUCUGGUUUCAAAACAAAAGAUCCAAAUUUAAGAAAUUAAUGAAGCAAGGAGGGGCAGCUCUGGAAAGCAGUGCUUUGGCAAAUGGUAGGGCACUUUCUGCUAGUUCUCCCCCUGUACCCCCAGUAUGGAACACCCCAACAUCUUCUGGAAAGACUUCUGGGACACCAGCAGCCUACAUUCCAAGCUAUACUUCGUGGUAUCCUUCAGCCCACCAGGAAGCUAUGCAGCAACCACAACUUAUGUGAUGGCACAACGUGUCCUUGGCACACAAUAAAACUGUAUAAAACAUAACACUCUACAAGAAGUGCAUAAGAACACAAGAUAAUAAUGAGUCCUGUGCCUUCAGAACUAUCGUCAAACCCCAUGUCUGACAUGGUGUGAUAACAGGCAAACUCAGAUCUAAUGAGGGCUGGUACCCAACUGAAGGUAGCUGACAAGAGCAUCUUCAUAACAUGUGUCCAUCCUCUCAGCAGGCACAAGGGGAGCCUGGCAGACAGAGGAGAGGAAAGCAGGCACCAACCAACCAUAUCCUGAGGACAAUUGGAAGGAAAAUAAAGAUGUUUUUAGAGAGAGGGCAAUAACAAGGAUCCUCUCCUGUCUGUCUUUGUCUUUGGUAACAUGUGGUCAUAUAUCCAACCUCUUUACUCAAACAAUGGCGGUUGUUAUUGGAAUAUAUCUGGAUUCAUCUUCCUGUAAUUAAUCCUCAUGUCCCCCCUUGUAAACAAAUGCCUAUCUUGUUCUGUCGCCUUUUCUAGGUUGGAGAACAAGAGCUCAAUAUAUUUCUUUCUACUACUUAAUAUUUUUUUUUUUUUAGUUUUGGAGGGGGUGAUGGGCCAUCAUUGAGUAUUGAAAUAUUUAUUAGAAAUAAGAAAAUAAAAUAA